CUGGACCUGGUUGCCUGAGAUCAGUCGGACCUAAUCUCUCUGAUUCAAAACGGUGCUGGCUCACCAUUCUCAUCGUGGUGGCAUGUCCACAAUCGUUGUCCUUUCCACCCUUUUCUACUUCCUCUGCGCUGGGAUUCCUGUUUCGGCUCAGUAUCUUGUCAACGGACAAGUCUUCACUGAUGCGCUCGCCAUUCUCGAUGCACCCGCUCCAAAGAGUACAUAUCACGCCGGCAGCGGCAUCCCCAUUGCUAUAGACGUGUCAGGCAAUGGCAAACUUCCAAAUAAUGCGGCUAUACCAGGCUCCAACCUCGCCACCGGAUUUGACUCUCUAGAGUUAUACCUUUUCUCGGCGCCGCUAGGCAUCAAUCUUACUGUCUCGUCAGGGACUGCUCUCCUGAUACAAGAGAGCGGAAGUACGGUGAAGCAUCUCAACUUCGCCCUCUCAAAUUGUGUACCUGCUGGUCAAUACAACUUCACCAUCUAUGAAGGUUCACAUAUCAAUAAAGAGGCAUUCUUCUCUAUCACCUCCAUUCCCAUCUCCAUUGAGAACAGCCAAGUCAAUGGAACAUGCGGAAGCGGCGUCAAUCCGCUACAGAGCAUACCUCAGCCGGAAUCUCCUCCUUCUGCCAAUCCCUUCUUAAACACCAGCAGUCUCACUCCCCUCGACACCUCUGCGAAUGGAUCACCAACUGUAACACCACCAUCCGCCCCGUACGGAAUCAUGACUCUGACAAUCGGACCUUCAGGUGUUCUCCUCCCGCCUCCUUACAGUUCUUCCUGGGCACCUUACUCUCCUGGAGGUAUCAUAACUAUGCCAGCAUGGGCUACUCCGAUCCCGACUCCAACAACAGCCACAGUGACACUUGUCUUAGUUUCAGAGCAGACGAUAACAGAAACAAAAACCGCUACUUCCAUCGGGUUUACUACGGGGUUCAUUACUGUCGUUACGACUGCGGUCGUGUCUACAUCAACCGCAGAGAUGCGUGCGAGCGGUGACCAGUCCGGUUUCUUUCCCGUGAAUGGGGCACCGGCACUGUUUCCAUCCAAGGCUGCCUGGCUUUGGGUGCCGGUCUUGCUCUCAUUCUUUUGCUCGUCAUAGUGUCGUGUAUGCGGAGAGUGCUGCAUUGAUAUGAUACGCUCACAAAUUUGACCACCAUGUGCUCAAAAUCCAUC